CAAAAGUAAAGAGCCGUCGUUCACAGAAAAGACUCUCAGAUUUAUAUUUCAGUCAAACAGCAAGCAAUUCACGGUAGCAGCAGCCGCAGCAAUAUCAUCGGGUUGUGAAGUGAGAAUCGAAAAACAGCCUUAUUUGCACAAGCUUUUUGCUGUAUCGCGGCGGACAUUUUUUUUUCGAAGUGUAUCUGAAUGUGCUGCUGAAGCGGGCGAAUAAAGCGUAAUGGUGCGGUCAGUGCUUGAGUUUUCUAUGUCCGUGACGGGGACUGCGGUCUAACCGGAAGAGGACCGUGAAAUUCUGCCUAUUUUUUUUCUCCCAGUUGGAGGUCGUCGCCGCUAUCUGCUAAGAAAAAGGAGCACCACGACUGGGUCGAGGCAAAUGAAACAAAAAGAGACGGUGACGGUGAGAAUUUCCGCCACCGCAGCAACAACAGUGCGAUAAUUGAUAGAUAAUUGGAGGAGCUGUGGAAUUAUUUGUCCCAAAACGACGAUUUCCUCUGUCGGGUGAUCGGGCUUAUUCUUCACUCAUGCAAUAAAUACACACAGACCCACAACGCUUACCCUAAAGAGACUGCCCGUGCAAAUGAAAAUCGACCGAGUGAAGCAAGGUUGUUGAUGGCCGCAGAAACACGAGACGCACGUUGAUAAGUGUCCAAACGUCGGUGGCAGUGUCACACAGACUAGAGUUUUACUACUAUUUUUAUAAACUAUGUACACGGUUCAGUCGAAACAGAAACAGCAACAGCACUAUGUAGCGUCAAGCGGAAGGGCUAGGUUAAGUAGUAUGGAAACCAACAACAAAAAGACUGGCGAGUCGUGUGGACUGAAUAGCAGCAUCGGCAACAGCAGUGGCUGCAACGUAAGUGGAAGUACAAAUCGAACGAUGGUUUAUGGUGCCGAUAGCAUAAGCAGCGUUGGCAGUAGUAGGAAGCCUUCGAUCGGCAGCGGCAGUGAUAUGUCUAGUGAGGAUUAUGAGGAGGUAAAACCGGACAUCAAAGUAAGUUCCCACCUGCUUGAUCAUGGGUACGGAUUCGGCGUUACUCCGCAGUAUCAUCAGCCACAACAGCAACAACAACAAAGCCAUCAUCACCAUAGCAGCAGUAAUACCAAUAGUAAUAGUCAUAACAGUAGUAGUCAACACAGUAGUUAUCACCGUCAUCACAGUCCUUCGGCGUCGUCCUCCUCGACAGCGAGCAUUGCGACACAACAUUAUGUGAAACAAACAACAUCGAGCCGAACAGGACUUCAUCAACAGCACAAAAGUGCCAGCGGAGAUCCGCAGAUUACCAACUACUUCAAGGCGGUGAAACGUCGGCCUCAGUCCAGCAUAUCACCGACUCCGGCCAAAAUAGCUAAGCAGUCCAGUAUAAAAACACCAAGCUCUACCUGCUCUACUCCAACAUCGUCCGUAUCGUCAUCGUCUUCGAAGAAGCGAUAUUCGGAGGGCACGAGGUAUGACACGUCACUUGGACUGCUAACGAAAAAGUUCAUCGAUCUGCUGAAAGAGUCAACUGAUGGUGUGGUCGAUUUGAAUAUCGCUUCCUCCAAACUAAACGUACAAAAGCGUCGUAUAUACGAUAUUACGAAUGUUCUCGAAGGGAUUGGAAUUCUGGAGAAGAAAUCCAAAAACAACAUUCAGUGGAAGUAUGGAAACUCGUUGUGCAAUAUCGAAAAGAACAACCGGAUACAGCGGGAGCGGUACCUGUUGGAACAGAAAGAAAAUAUGCUGGACCGGAUGAUUGUCGAGAUGCGUCAGACAACUGCAGACGACAUGCAGACCGCUAAACAUGCGUAUGUUACCUGUCAGGAUUUGAAUUCAAUCGAUAUGUUCAAGGAGCAGAUCAUAGUGGUGAUCAAGGCCCCACCGGAAGCAAAACUAGUGCUACCUGAUGUACAACAACCUCGAGAGAUAUUUCUCAAAUCUGAAAAGGGGGAGAUUGACGUAUUCCUCUGUCCGGAAUCCUCAGAGACUUCUUCUACCAACGCUAGCUUGAUUGGAAACGGAGCCACUAGCGGUAGCAUCAUUGGUGGCUCUAGUACUGCCGGAAACAGCAGGUCUGGACCGGAUCCUCUACUGGAGGACAUCGAUCCAUUGCUGUCGCCGUUCAGUGAAAAAUUAUUUAGUCCCAAAAACAAAUUGAGAGGAAGCCAUAUGAAACAAUUCAGCUCUGUGCAGCGUAAUCUUAACAAAGCGCUGUUUGGUAAUCCUGCUGCAGAAGUGAAGGCUGAACCAGAACCUAGCGUACUAGAAUCAUUUUCAGUGGAACAGACAAGUGAAUCGUUUCCACCAGAAACAGCAUCUCCUGCGAUAUUAACUCAAAAAGAGCUGGAACUUUUGAACGGUGGAAAUAGAUCCUGCGUGAAACAGUCAACUAGUGCGGAGACGAUGUAUUUCAAAUCUAGUUCAAUCAAAAAAGAACGAUUGGACGCUGAUAUGUUGGAAAGCAGCAGUAACUCCAAGAUACUUCCAGCAGCAAUCACAAACAGAAAUGCAUCGCUGUGCGAUAGCAAGUUGAGUCCGGAAGAACUCCUUCCUCAAGAACAGUUGGACGCGGCAGGCACGUCACUAAAGGGACUGAGUGCAAAAUCGACUCCCGUCAACCAGCGCGAUAGGAAUGCGAUGAUGACGGAUUUCGGUAAUUGUAGUCCCUUCAAUUUACCCUAUCCGGAAGUGCCCGAAAUGGACUCCUUCUUACCGUUGGAACCUCUAGACAACGACUACAACUUCUCCUUGGAUCACACGGAGGGCGUGUUCGAUUUGUUUGAUUUUAAUUUUUAGUUCAAAUUUAUGUGGGCAUAUACAUAAUUGUAUUUUUUUUAAUCCUAAGUUUAUUACUCUUAGUAAUAAUCAGCAGUGCACGCAACAACUAUCAACCGCUGAUAAAACAUACGGUGCGUAUAUUAUGUUUAUUAGGCUCAGUGCAACUAAGUAAAAAUAUUUACACAAAACCCAUACUUUGUGCUGAGCUGCAAAUUCCAAUAUUUCCUAACAUUAUCUGUCAAUCGGUGUUCCGUUUUUACGAGGUGUUGUUUUUGUGCAUCGUAUAGUUGGGGAACACUGAUGAAAAACGAAAUAAGAAGCCGUAUGGGUAGCAUCUCUGUGUUUAGGAAUGUCAUAGGUCGAAUAGAAGUUGAGCGAAAAAGUGGUUACAAUAAGAUUGUUUUAACACUAAUAUUGAUUGAUGAUUAAGUUAUAUUUUUGUAUAUAUAUAAUUGUAUGUAAAUUAUUUAAAAACUGAAAAGGAAACUACGAAGCAAACACAAAUGAGCUACACUUGUCCGGACGGUAGAAGCGGCUGAAUUUAUCUCGGAAAGAAUUUUCGGUGACCUGACCAAACUUCUUCCAAUAAAAACUGACUAAUCCCCGGCCAUAUGCAGAAAAUGUGGACCAUCCGUCGGUAUUCAUAGAGGAAAAGUGGAAUACUCUACUGCGCAUUCGUUCCAAUAUUCUAACAGUUUUGUGCCGGUAGAACAAAUACCGAUUUAUUGUCGUUCGCAUUAGAGCAUUCCACUGAAGGUCACUUUAGGACAAACUGGUGAAAUUACUUAGCGAAAAAUUGUAAAAAAAUAAUACCUAGUAAUACAAGUACUGUCAUAUUAAAUGACGUAAAAAGCACACAAAACUGAUAGGUAUGGAUUAGAGGAUAUGGAAAAAUCAAUUCUCUAGAUUUUAAGCAGAAUUCUUAAUUUAUACAUAUAUUUUUUAAUAGUGAUGUCUGGAAAGAAAGGAUCAACACAUAAACAGGUCAGUUUUGAACAAUAUUCAAAAAUGGUUAGGUGAAAACAGCAAAUCGUAGCGAAGAAAUGUGCAAAAUUUGUAGUUUUUGGGUAUGCGUAUGUAAACUAAUUUUAUUAAAAAUUUGGGCUUAUUUAUUGAUUUUAAAAUUUUUUCAACUAAGGAAAAAAUUGAUCGAAAGAAAAAAUUAUACGCUUGUUAGUUUUUCCCCGUUGCCAGUUAAACAAUUUUGAAAUGAGCGAGAGAAAAUAAGAUUAUAUAAAAUAACGAACCAUUUAUAUACAUCAUAAUGAAUUCCGUUCGGUUUGGUUACUCGUGCAGCAACAUUAAUUUUGUUUUGUAUAAGUUGUAUUGUAUCUCCAGAAAAUGCCAUGCGUUGAUGCAAAUUAAUUCCACUAUUUACCGACGGAACAAUCUUUGUUAAAUUUAGUCUGUAACGUGAAACAACACCAUAAGGACAGAGAAAAGAAGCUCAUUCAUUUCUUUUGAUGACAUUAUUCAUACAUUCGCGCAGAACAAUGAUUCGCAUUGCUUGUUUUUAGUUUCGUAAAAUUUCUCGUUUAGUUUUGUUUCGAAAGUGAUUUUUUUUUAUUUUUACUUAAGCGCGAACACUUGAAUAAUUGAGGAUUGUUGUAAAUAUAAUCGGAAAUGAUGGAUGUUACUCACAAGGCGAAAAGGAUCACAAUGGCCGGUUGAUGUAUGCAAAGAGAUCUACUAAAAGUUAACGUACUUUUUCAAACAUUCAGUUGCGCGAUGACUUGCAUUUCUUCUGUGUACAAAUCGCGUUUUGAAAUGGCGAAUGACAAAAUGAAUGAAAUCAAAUAGAUCACAAUAAAAUAUA